AUGAUGAAGUUCCUGAAGCUGGGCAAGGCGGUGAUCCUGCUGCAGGGCAGGUACACCGGGAAGAAGGCGGUGAUCGUGCGUGUGUUCGAGGAGGUCACCCGCGACCGCCCCUACGGGCACUGCCUAGUCGCCGGCCAGGCCAAAUACCCGAAGAAGGUGAUCCCUAAGGACUCGGCCAAGAAGGCAGCCAAGAAGUCUCGCAGCAAGGUCUUCCUCAAGCUCCUCAACAUCACCCACCUCAUGCCCACCCGCUACACCCUCGACAUUGACCGAAAGGAGGUGGUCUCCGGGGCCCCCGACUCCCUCACCACCAAGGACAAGAAGCUCACCGCCGCCAAAUCCGCCAAGGCCAAGCUCGAGGAGAGGUUCAAGACCGGCAAGAACAGGUGGUUCUUCACCAAGCUCCGCAUGCUUGAGCCCACCCCUGAUCUUGUGUUGCAGCUCAUCGUGCUAAACGACAGCUCUUUCGUCGUGGUUCUUCUUGGCCUCAUCAAAGGGAAAGGAGUAAUCGGAAGAAAAGAGGACGAAGGAGGCAAAGCAGAUCCGGAGGAUUGGAAGAGGGAGAAGCUAGCAUUGUUGUUCUUGGUGGAUAGGAAUGAAUGGGAGGAAAGGGAGGACAAAAUCACUGUUCUGACCUUAAUACGUAAAGAAUUUCACAAAAUCAACUCAUCAGGAAAGUAUUUCACUGUCUGA